UCUUGUUGUGUGUCGGGGGCGCGAUGGCGUCCAACACGGCCGAGCCGGCGGCGGCCACCACGUUGACGACGGCCGAGCUUCCCACCGGAGCCGCCGUGUGCACAACUCUACCGGACCUCCUCUACCUACCUGAACUGGUUUUCGGGGGUCUGGUGUGGAUCCUGGUGGCGUGCACGCUGGCGCUCCCGGAGAACCCGCUCGGCUGGCUCAUGUUCGUGAGCGUCUUCUGCUUCGUCGCCACGUUCGCGUGGAGCGUCCUGUUCUUGUGCGGCUGUCAUUCCAACAAAAGCCGCUGGGCGGCAGCAGACUUUGCGUAUCACUUGACGGCUGCCGUCUUCUACCUCAGCGCCUCCGUGACCUUGGCAAAGGUCACGCUGGACAUCGAGAACGCAGGAAACUUCCAGAACUACCAGCUGGACAUCUCUGCUGUGGUGUUCUCGUACGUGGCCACGCUGCUGUACUUCGUACACGCCAUCUUGUCGGCUGUGCGCUGGAAGACCUUCUAGAACAUUUCCAUCUGUCCAUCAGUUACCAUGUUUCAGGUGGAACGCUGCUGAGCGACCCCUGAAGACCACCACGACCAUGUCUCACAAUGACACCGAGCGCGCACACGCAGUGUCGGCGAGGCAAAUGAUGAAUCAUGAAUGAAGCGGUGCAUUGAAGAGACGCGUCUCCGUGACAACAAGGGGAACGUUCCAAUAAUACAAAGGACAUGAAAUCUUUUUUUAACGCAGUGAUUGUCAAAGUAUACUGUCGUAACACCGGUGGUAUGCUGGCUCCCUCUAGUGGUACUCCAAAGUAUCACUGAAUUGCGCAAACUGUGCAUAAUGUUAACUACAAUAGAUCUGUGGCAUAUUCGUGGAUUUCAAAACAAUAUUUUUUUCCCAUUCCCAACUAGCGUGCCAUGAGCGCUCUUCAGGUGUGCCGUGAGAUUUUUCAAUUGUAAAAUAUGUGCCUCAGCUCCAUAAAGGUUGGAAGUCCCUGAUAUGAUAUAUAUAUAUAUAUAUAUAUAUAUAUACUCUGUAAAGUACUGACAAGCUUUCUCCCUAA